UGAACCAGGGCCAUUUCCCCACCGGCCGCGCGCCCCGGCUGUGUACUGCGCUGCUGACCUGGGGGCACCUGGCGUCUACGCAGCGAGGGGGCGGGCGCCGGAGGGCCCACCUGGGGAGGGUCGCGCCUCGGUGGGGGGAGGGGAGCGGUUCGCCAGUAGUGCCCCAGGACAUGCGCCGCGGACGCCAUGGACCCCAGGCAGGGGUGUUCGCUCAACACGUACCACCCCCGCCCACCUCAGCGCUAUGAGCACAGCAAGCUCAGGCACCAACAGCCAGGGCCAGGAUCUUAUCUGAAUCAUUUCCAGCUCCAGCAAAUAGAGUUUCUCAAGGGGCUGCUCCCUGAGGCACCCCUAACUGGAAAGCAGACACCAUCACUGCCACCAUUCGUCUCUGGACUCCGGCCGAGGUUUCCAGGACUGCCUGCCAGAGGCAGGGAACUGGGGACCUGGGGUGUCCCCAGAAGCGUGCCUCCCAGAAGUCAGGUGCUCCAGAGAGGGUCCCCUUGUCCUUUCCCACGUGGCAGGACUUUGCCGUGGAGAGGUGUGGACAGGCUCUCCUUACAUUUCCAGGAGCUAGGUAUCAGCCAGGGCCAGGAAGAGAGAGUCUUAGAGCUCUUGCAGGAGCUCGGGGAAGGGAAGGCCGCCACAGUACAUGAUCUGGCUGGCAAGCUCAGAGUCCCAAAGAAGGAAGUCAAUCGAGUUUUAUAUUCUCUGGAGAAGAAGGGCCAGCUGCAUCGGGAGCCAGGAACGCCCCCUCUGUGGACCAUUGCCGUUCAGGCUCGGAACCAGCCUGGCCAAGUAGCCAGCGCCCGCAGUUGUAGCCAGGAAGCGCCCGACUCAGACCCCAGUUUUGGAACUGAAGACCGAAGCUUCGAGUUUUUCGAGUCUGGCUUGGAAACUCCUGAGCCUUUUGACAUGGCUGAGGUCAAGGAGAAAGUCUGCGACUACCUGUUCAACGUGUGCGGUGCCUCGGCCCUGAAUGUGGCAAAAAACAUCGGCCUCGCCCGGGCGCGAGAUGUGAACGCCGUGCUGAUGGACCUGGAAAGGCAGGGUGACGUGUACAGGCAGGGCACCACUCCCCCCGUGUGGUAUCUGGCCGACAAGAAGCGAGAGCGGAUGCAAAUGAAGAGAAACGCAGACCUCGGCCCCGACAGCGGCCCGGCUGCCGGCCCUGAGACCAAAGGAGACGUGCUCCCCUCCCGGCAGCUGGCCACACCGGACGCCUCGGACAGCGUGGCGGCCACAGAAGACGUGCAGAACGGGCAGGAGCCAGUCGUAAAGCUGGAAAGCAGGCAGGAGGCCGCACCGGAGAGGGUAAAGCUGAGGCCUCCUGCCCAUGACAACGGCCCCUCAAAAAUGGGAUACGUUGACUUUGAAAACGGCCAGUGGGCCACGGACGACAUCCCAGAUGACCUGAACAGUAUCCACGCAGCACCAGGUGAGUUUCGAGCCAUCAUGGAGAUGCCCUCCUUCUACAGUCACGGCUGGCCACGGUGCUCGCCCUACAAGAAACUCACAGAGUGCCAGCUGAAGAACCCCAUCAGCGGGUUGCUCGAAUAUGCCCAGUUCGCCAGCCAGACCUGUGAGUUCAACCUGCUAGAGCAGCGUGGACCGCCCCACGAGCCUCGAUUUAAAUUCCAAGUCAUCAUUGGUGGCCGAGAGUUCCCCCCGGCUGAAGCUGGCAGCAAGAAGGUGGCCAAGCAGGACGCAGCCCUCAAAGCCAUGACCAUCCUGCUUGAGGAAGCAAAAGCCAAGGACAGUGGAAGACCAGAAGAACCCUACGACUGCUCCACAGAGAAGGGAUCGGAGAAGACGGCGGAGUCCCAGCCCAGCACCCCCUCCGCAGCAUCCCUGUUUUCUGGGAAGAACCCCGUCACGACCUUGCUUGAGUGCGUGCACAAGCUGGGGAGCUCCUGUGAAUUCCGCCUCCUGUCCAGAGAAGGCCCUGCCCACGACCCCAAGUUCCAGUACUGCGUCGCCAUGGGAGCCCACACCUUCCCCACUGCGAGCGCCCCCAGCAAGAAGGUGGCGAAGCAGAUGGCUGCCGAGGAGGCCGUGAAGGCCCUGCACGGAGAGGCCAGCAGCUCGGCACCUGCCGAUCCCCAGCUGGGCGGCACGAACACAGAGUCCUUCGAUAACCUGGAGUCUGGGAUGCCCAACAAGGUCAGGAGGAUUGGCGAGCUCGUCAGAUACCUGAACACCAACCCUGUGGGCGGCCUGUUAGAGUAUGCCCGCUCCCAUGGCUUCGCGGCCGAGUUCAAGUUGGUUGACCAGUCCGGCCCUCCGCACGAGCCCAAGUUCGUUUACCAGGCAAAAGUUGGGGGUCGCUGGUUCCCAGCCGUCUGCGCACACAGCAAGAAGCAAGGCAAGCAGGAAGCGGCAGAUGCGGCCCUCCGCGUCUUGAUUGGGGAGAACGAGAAGGCAGAGCGCAUGGGUUUCACAGAGCUCCCCCUCAGCGGCAGCACCUUCCACGACCAGAUCGCCAUGCUGAGCCACCGCUGCUUCAACGCGCUCACCAACAGCUUCCAGCCCUCCCUGCUCGGCCGCAAGAUCCUGGCCGCCGUCAUCAUGAAGAAGGCCUCCGACGACCUGGGGGUGGUGGUCAGCCUGGGGACAGGGAACCGCUGUGUGAAGGGCGACUCCCUCAGCCUGAAGGGGGAGACGGUCAAUGACUGCCACGCGGAGAUCAUCUCCCGCAGGGGCUUCAUCAGGUUCCUCUACAGCGAGCUGAUGAAAUACAACCCCCAGACCGCAAAGGAGAGUAUAUUUGAGCCUGCGAAGGGAGGAGAAAAGCUCCAAAUAAAAAAGACGGUGUCGUUCCAUCUGUACAUCAGCACGGCCCCGUGUGGGGACGGCGCCCUCUUUGACAAGUCCUGCAGCGACCGUGCCGUGGAGAGCUCAGAUUCCCGCCACUACCCCGUCUUUGAGAACCCCAAACAAGGCAAGCUGCGCACCAAGGUGGAGAACGGGGAAGGCACGAUCCCGGUGGAGUCCAGUGACAUCGUGCCCACGUGGGACGGCAUCCGGCUGGGGGAGAGGCUGCGCACCAUGUCCUGCAGCGACAAGAUCCUGCGUUGGAACGUGCUCGGCCUGCAGGGGGCGCUGCUGACACACUUCCUGCAGCCUGUGUACCUCAAGUCUGUGACGCUGGGUUACCUCUUCAGCCAAGGACAUCUGACUCGGGCCAUCUGCUGCCGCGUGACGAGAGACGGGAGUGCCUUCGAGGACGGGCUGCGGCCCCCCUUCAUUGUCAACCACCCCAAGGUUGGCCGCGUCAGUGUGUACGACUCCAAAAGGCAGUCGGGGAAGACGAAGGAGACGAGCGUCAACUGGUGCUUGGCGGACGGUUAUGACCUGGAGAUCCUGGAUGGGACCAGGGGCACCCCUCCAGCCUCCACGCUGGGCCAGCAGCACUCCUGUCUGGCUGCUGUAAGAAGACAGGCCGGCAGUGGGUCCAGCCUCCAGGGCGCACUGGCCGCCUGCUGCCAGUGGUGCUGA